AAUGUUUUUUACUUCGACAUAUCGUUAUUCGUGACGCUCCCUCUGUGAAAGAUGAAUGCUGCAAUUAGGAAUUCAAAUACCAAGAACAAAAACAGUAGUGUAGCGAAGGAACAAUGUUGAGAAGAGAAUGUUUUGAAAUUGGUCGGUCGACAAAACAGUAUGACACCUGACACGAAUGACUUCACGCUCCAUCGAUGAUCAGUGCACGGAUCAUGAAUGACGUGAUGCCGCGGCUGUCAGCUAAGAAAAUGGAACCGUAGCGGAUAGCCGCAGCUUCGAGGGGUCAAUACCUUCAGUAACGGGAAUCUGCUUCGGAAUAACAACGCCCAAUAUUAGUAAUUGUUAAAAUGGAGCUCGGAGCUGCCCGCUCGCAGCCAGGAACGUAUUGUUUCUGCGGUCAAUCUUACACUCCCGAACAGUUUAUGAUACAAUGCGAUGUUUGUAAGGAAUGGUACCACGGAGGAUGCGUAUCGGUAAAGGAAUAUUCGUCAACAGAUCUUGAUAAGUACCACUGCCCAUUGUGUGUGGAAACAAACGGCCCAUCCCUGAUGAAAACCAGAAUGAAUUGGCACCGGCAUGAUUAUGCCGAGUCGGAAGCAAGUUCAAAGGCAGUCCAGACUGGGACACCUGUUUUUAUCAGAGAGCUGAAAUCACGGCAUUUUUCAAAGUCUGAUGACAUUAUCAAACAUGUCAGGGGUCAGCAAUUGACACUACAAUAUUUACAAACACAUGGAUUUGAAACACCUGUUAUCAUUGACGGCAAAGAUGGCCUCGACAUGACUGUUCCACCUGCAAACUUCAGUGUCUAUGAUGUAGAAAGUUACAUUGGUGGAGAUAGAGAGAUGGAUGUGAUCGAUGUCACCAAACAGAGCAACGUGCGGAUGAAGCUUCGCGAUUUUGUUGAGUAUUAUAACGACCCAUGCCGUACGAGAGUCCUGAAUGUUAUCAGUCUAGAAUUUACGAACACGGGAUUGUCUCCUAUGGUCGAGGCCCCUUACAUAGCACGGAAAUUGGAUUGGGUAAAUUCCGUGUGGCCUCGAGACUGGCCUGAAGACAGUGAACUGAAAAGACCGGAAGUGCAAAAAUAUUGCCUGAUGGGUGUGAAGGACAGUUUCACAGAUUUCCACAUUGACUUUGGUGGCACUUCUGUUUGGUAUCAUGUUCUCAGGGGCGAAAAAAUAUUCUACCUUGUCAGACCUUCACCAGCAAACAUUCAACUUUAUCAGCAUUGGAUGUGUAGUUCUAGCCAGAGUGAAACAUUCUUUGGAGACCAGGCAGAUGCUUGCUACAAAUGCAUCAUUAAACAAGGACAGACAAUGAUGAUACCAACUGGUUGGAUCCACGCGGUUUUGACCCCUGUUGAUUCUCUGGUCUUUGGGGGAAAUUUUUUGCACAGUUUCAAUAUACCUAUGCAAAUUCAGAUCUAUGAACUUGAAAAGAAAAUGAAAACUCCCGCAAAAUUCCAGUACCCUGGUUUCGAAACUAUCAAUUGGUUUGCCGCCAAACGACUGCUCAAUGAGUUGAAGGAACUGAAUAAUGAGGAGAAAAAAUGCCCACCGUAUUUGAUGCAGGGUGUUAAGGCAUUGCUAAGUAUAUUGAAACAGUGGAACACCGACAAAGACUACAACAUGACGAGUCGCGGUCAAAUACCGCACACGAUAAACAGUCAGAAAUUAUUGAAGGACUUUAGCAAGGAUAUAAGGCACGCGGAACGUUACUUAAUAUCCUUAAACCCUCCGAAACCGGAGCGCGAGAGUAAACGGAAAAGAAAAAAGCCGUCGAACAAAGAUUUCGUUGAUUAUGACGUUGCCGAUCAAAUAUCUGGAAAGCCGGUAAAAGUGAACGCGAAAGAGACGUUAAAAUCAGAUUCGAAAACCGAAGUAGACGACAUUUCGCCUAGUAAUAGACCCCCGCUAAAACUGACACUUCCCAAACCAUCUAUGUAUCCUUACAAUAGUUCAAACGUACCGUCGGAGGAAAAAACCCAUCUCAAUAACGAAAAACCGAAACCGUUGAUUAAAUUAGGGAAACAAAGUUUGAAGGUGAUUAAGUUUAAGCUCGGGGACAAGGAGGUGAUAAGAAGCACCAACGAAGCGAUAAACAAUUUCGGAAAUUUCACUACCGAUCACUUGAUCGAAACUCCUAAAGAAUUGACGUGGAAACAGAGUUCUGUUUAUGAUUUUCACGACGGCAGUAACGAGAGCAGCUACAGUGGCUUUACAAUCGAUGAAGCGCCGAAACGGAAAAAGCACCAAAAUCCGAAAGCGUCGAAAAGUAUGUCGGCCGUUAAAAAAUUGAAACGGGAUUUUGACGGCGACGUUGACGUCCUUACCGAUCCUCCCAAAAACGGUAUAGAGGAACUCCUCAAAGCCUCAGCUUACACGCUGGGAAAUGCCGCGCAACGGGUCGACACCGCGGCACCGACUAGUGUCUCGCAAUACGGUCAACCAACACCGCCGCCAACCGGUAUGUGUAAAUUGAAAACGGCUAGUUCUGGCAGGGCAUCACCGUCAACGCGUGAGGCCAUUGCCGGCAUGCUGUCGUUUAGCGAGCAAUGCUACUCAACGACGUCUGGAAGCCCCGAAAAAUCAACCAAGUCCGAACAGGAAGACGAGGACGAUCAGUUGAUUGAAAAUAUUGACAAAGUUCACCAGGACGAGGAUUUUAUUUAUCCAACUCUCGAUGCCUCGGACGACGAGGAAUUCAUAUUCAAACCCCGGGGGAAACGCCGCGUAGAUGAAGCCUGGAAUCCCAAGGCGAGAGUCGGCCCACUCUUGCCAAAAACGAACCGUCCGGCUCGCGAAGGCGUCAAGAAAACCUCGGUCGAAAAGGGGCUGGAAGCUGCGGCCGCGAAACGAGCCAAGCAACAUCCUGUGGCUAAACGUACUUAUAACAAGAGAAAACAAAAAGAAGUCUUACUGCCGGUUAUACCUGCGCCAAUUGUCGUUCCCGCGCCGAUGGAAGAGGUGGUUACGACGACAGAUAGCUACGGUUCGAUACUGACGAGUCCGAAUCGGUUAAAAGACGUGAAAGCAAAAUUGGCGGCCCCAAUUCCUGCUGAACGAAAACCGAAGAAGGGUAUGAAAACUGCGAAGCAACGGUUAGGGAAGAUUUUGAAACUUCAUAAAAUGAUGCACUGAAUUUUAAACCAGGUGAUAAUAUUUGAAUCUGAAAUAAUUUGAACUGCAAUCGUGUCCCCGUGUAUUUGUAAAAAUAAUAUGUAUGCGUUACAUAUUUAUGUGUAAAUAUAUGAACAAUUUGUAUAUCUUUUCAUGAAAGAUAUUCGGCUAGACUUAUACAUAUAUAUAUAUUUAAAGAAUUGAACAGAAAAAAUUUGUAAUCCGAAUUGUCGUCAAAAUAUCGCGCAUUUAUCUCUACACGCACUAUCUUAUAAGAGUGAAAAUUUUUUAAUUAUAUUUUAAAUCGACUGUCUUUGAUAAAAUAAAACACUAUAUUAAGACUGGUUUCUCAUCUAAUAACUUUUAUUAACAAAAAUUGGAAUAAAAAAAUCAUAAUACAU